AAUCACUUUGAUUUCAGUGUGUUCUUCAUGACUUUGUGUCGUGGGAACUGUUGUUGAAAUUCCUUAGUGGGGUUUUCUCCGUGGUUCUGUUCUUUGUAACAAAAUUGGAUUUUGAUUUGUGGCCUUUGCUUUUGGUCCGUUGAUGGAAUCUGGGUUUUGUUUGGUUGCUGAGAAAAUGCAGCAUAAUGGUUCUGGGAGAACAUGUGUGAUGCGCUGUUUUAAUCGUCCCGACGCGAAGUUUGUCUUGACCAUAUUGGAAAGCAAAGUUAUCUGAAUUCGAAUUUAAGUCGAACUCGAGUGAUUUAAAUAGGAAUUAUGAUAUGAAUUCUCAUUGAGUUUUUGGAAUCUUCUGAAUCUAUGGCCUGUUGAUGAGUUUAGUGUAGUGUAUAUUGUUAGAUGAUGUUUAAGAUGACAGAUCCAAUAUGCUUUAGAGUCUGUAUUUGGAGUAAUAAACUGUCACGAUUUGACGAAACCAUAGAAUCUCUGUUUCUUGAGAACUUUCGGUCUGGAAUAAUGAUAAUUAGCAUCAGCAAUUGUUCUCUCUGAUGUUUUUUAGUGUAGGGCUGAAUAAUCAAAUCAUCAAAUGGAAAAUUGCUUGGUUCCUCAAGAAACCAAGAUACGGUCUUAGCGUUUGAACCAAGGGGGCUUGGUUUGGUUCACCGUUAGUGGAUAUACUUUUGCUAUUUUGUGGCAGGAAUGGCAUCUGAGAAAGGCAUAGCAGUGGAGGAUGAGAGUGUUAUCACUGAGAUGAAUACCGAAGAGCAACCUGUCCUAGAAUCAAAGAAAGAGGAAGCUAAUGUAUAUGAGAGUGGCAAGAAUCCGAACGAACCAGAAAAUCUUGAAUUAUCUGGGAAGAAAGUGGAGAAUAUGGAUGAGAAUGUUCCAGAAGCUAAAAUCUCGAAACCCGUUAUGGAAACAAGCAAUCAAGAUUCGGGUACUUCGAAGAAAAGCAAAAUGGCCAAGGAGAAGGCUGUUCCAAAACACCAAGGGACAUUUUCUCGGAGCCCGAGAUUCCUUUCUCAAAGUCUUUCAUUCCCAUCUCGAGGACCUCAUGCUGCUAUUACUAGAAAGAGCAUCGGGGCUGCAUCUAAGACUACCGUUAAAUCUGUCCUUGUGAACGGACCAAACCCUAAGGUUGCAGCAUCUCCGAGAAGCAAUGUUUCCACCAAGCGGACAAGUUUGGUAUCCACGCUCCAUAAAAAACAAAUAACGCCUGCAAAACCCGGUUCUGAGGAUGCUGCUCUGGACCCUACUUCAGAAGUUUCAAAGUCGGGAGAUAAGGAUUCUAAACCAGUGAAAGGUGAAAUGCCCAGCAAAGAUGAUGAGGACACACGUUCUACUACGACUUCAACUUCAACUCCUCGAGGGCGGAGAAGCAUUGGAUCCGCAUCUGGAUUUUCAUUCAGGUUGGAGGAACGGGCAGAAAAACGCAAGGAGUUCUAUACCAAACUAGAAGAGAAGAUCCAUGCAAAGGAAAUUGAGAAGAGCAAUUUGCAGGCAAAAUCAAAGGAGAACCAGGAAGCAGAGAUAAAAAAACUAAGGAAAAGGUUGACAUUCAAGGCAUCUCCUAUGCCGAGUUUCUAUAAAGAACCUCCACCGAAGGUUGAGUUGAAGAAGAUACCAACUACUCGUCCAGUUUCUCCUAAACUUGGACGCAAAAAGGGUAAUGUGGAUACAGUCGGAGGUGAAGCUGGUUCUUGUGCCAGCCCUCGUGUGAGCCUUGAGAACAUUAGUUCCGGAAAAGGAAUGCUGAAACAAAAGGACUCAUCUAUUCUGGAGAAACCUGUCACAAAAUCCCAGCCAAAACUUCAAACCCGAGAAAUUUCAGACUCAGAUAAAAUCGAGAAGCCAUUGAAGCCGAAACCAAAGAAAACAGAACCGAGAAAGCACGCCAAGAAAGAAGAAACAAAGAAAGCCGAUGAAAACCUGAACUCUGUAUCUGAUACUCUCAUUCAAGAAAAUGAAGAGACCGCUAAAGAAGAGCAGAACAGUUCUACCUCUGAUGUUCCGAAUAAGAUCGAGAAACUGAACUUGAACAUUCCAAAGGCUGAGAUUAUUACAAGUGAAGUUGUGGCCGGAGGCUGAAGACAACCUAAGGGUUAAGGAUCAAAGAGCAGGUCUGGUUCUAUUGUUCUGUGUUUUUUUUUUCUCUAUAAUGUGAAUACAUUCCUUGCGUGCACCUUACAGCAUUCUUUUUACUUUAUUUCUUACUACGCAAGUCAUACGGUCUCUUGCGAUGCAAUACUCGUCUUUCGAGUUGCAGUGUAAAGAAGGGUGUCUUUUGUUUAUGCUUAAUGCUUUUGUAUUUUGCAUUUUUUUUUUGAACUUUGGUAAAUUCGACAAUGUAAAAAAUUUUUGGUAAAAGGUUUUUGUAUUUCA